GUCUCCACACCUUGCACAUCGUGCUAACGAGCGUGCCGUUGUAUUCAAGACGAAAGAGGCGAUGUUUGAACAAGUGCUGGUGGCGAUGUUUCUGACGGCAGCAGCGGUACCCUUGGCAGCACUGGUUCCCCUGGCGGCGGCACCGGUACCGGUAACCUUGGCGGCGGCACACGCCACCCACCAGGAACCCUCUUUCAUCUCUGCUACUGCCAACAAGUUAGCUUUCCCGGAAGUGAACAUACCGCCCGCAGUCUACGGGCAUCCACCAUCAGCUCUACCUGGUUUCCUUCAUCCUGCGGGAGAGUACCUCCCGCCACAGGUAGUACAGGAGACCAGCACACCGGAAGCCUCCCCACCGGUUGUAGGUGUCAUCAUAGAUGUUCCUUGUCGCUGCAGCGGUUGCUUCUUCACGGUACAAGUGAAUCCCUGCGUCUGCGAGAGGGAUUUCAACUGUGGGGCGCCGGUUCCUGUGAGAAGCGGGUUCCUCCAGGAUUAAAGUAUCUUCCGACCACCACCUUCAAAGCUUUUAUUUGUAGGUCAAAGUAUGUUCUCAAACUAAGAACUUAAUAAAGUUAAAAUUU